AUGUCGAACCAGACUCCUGAAUCCUGGGAGGAUGAACUCUCCCGGCAGACCGAGGGCGUCAACCUGAACCAGGGCCGCCCACAAGGCCAGAUGCCCACGUUCACGCCUGGUGCAGCUAGCUUCCAGCCCGGUGCCGCUUCCUUCACCCCCGGAGCUUCCUCUUUCGUGCCUGGACAGCAAUACCAACAGUACGGUGGCCACCCGUAUGCCCAGUAUGGUCAGCAGCAGGGCUACGGCUACCCCCAGCAGCAGGCCUAUGGCCAGUACGGCGCGUACAACCAGCAACCCGGUAACUACAACCAGUACGGUGCAUACAACCAGCAGCCCGGUGGCUUCCAACAGCAGCCUCGCCAGAAUGCCCCCGCUGCCGCUCAACAGCCUGCUCAGGCACCCGCUCAACCCGUCUCGAACGCUUCCGCCGCCCCGCCCAAGGCUAAGGUCCUGUCGAUCGGCGCUACCUCCUCCACCACCGCCCCUAAGACCAAGGUUCUUUCCAUCGGAACUCCCACUCCCGCUGCUCCUGCCGCGAAAGCUUCAGAUGAUACCAGCAAGGGCGAUUCGAAGGGCACUGCAGCCGCGGAGGCUGGCGCUAAGGUGACUGCUGCCAAGGCCAUUGACAAGAAUGCGGACAGCAAGGCUGCUGCUACUGGUAAGGCUUCGCCUACACCGUCCUCGGGCCGCUCCAGCCCCGGCCGUUCAAGCCCAGCUCGCGGUGCUGAAGCUGCCAAGGCUGCCCGAGCUGCCGAUGCCGUCGCCAAGGCACAGCAGGCCGAUGUCGAUGAGGCAACUCUGAAGGAAAUUUAUGGCGAGAAGCGUGAGCACAUCAACGUCGUCUUCAUCGGUCACGUUGAUGCUGGAAAGUCCACACUCGGUGGAUCUCUGCUGUAUUGCACCGGCAUGGUGGAUGACCGAACAAUGGAGAAAUACAAGAAGGAGGCUAAAGACGCUGGUCGUGAGACCUGGUAUCUAUCCUGGGCCCUGGAUCUGACCAACGAGGAGCGUUCCAAGGGUAAGACUGUCGAGGUUGGCCGCGCGUUCUUCAAGGUUCAGAUCCCGCACCCUGAUGGCACUAUCGAGCGUCAAUUCUCGAUUCUCGAUGCCCCUGGACACAAGUCCUACGUUCCUCACAUGAUUGGCGGUGCUUCUCAAGCAGACCUUGGCUGCCUUGUCAUCUCUGCCCGUAAGGGUGAGUACGAGACUGGCUUCGAGAAGGGUGGUCAGACCCGCGAGCACGCUCUUCUUGCCCGUAACACUGGUGUCCAGAAACUGGUUAUCGUUGUUAACAAGAUGGAUGACCCAACUGUCGAGUGGAGCAAGGAGCGGUAUGAUGAGUGCACAAUCAAGGUUAUCAAGUUCUUGGAGGCCCUCGGCUACAAGAAGGACGAUAUCUACUGUAUGCCCAUCUCCGCCCAGCGUGCCUACAACAUCAAGGACCGUGUUCCAAAGGAUGUUUGCCCAUGGUAUGAUGGACCUUCGCUGCUUGAGUACUUGACCGACUUCAAACUCCCCGAGCGUAAGAUCAACGCUCCGUUCAUGAUGCCCAUCAGUGCGAAGUACCGUGACAUGGGUACUAUGUGUGAAGGUCGCGUUGAGUCCGGUGUCAUCAAGAAGAACGGCACCUAUCUCAUGAUGCCUAACAGAACCGAAGUGUCAGUUGCUGCUCUCUACGGUGAAACUGAAGAUGAGCUUCAGACCGCCACUUGCGGUGACCAGGUUCGCCUGCGCCUGCGUGGUGUCGAAGAGGAGGACUUCUUCCCCGGCUUCGUGCUCUGCUCGCCGAAGCGUCCCGUGCACUGCGUGAGCGCCUUCGAGGCCAAGAUUCGUAUCUUGGAUCUGAAGAACAUUCUUACCGCCGGUUUCAACUGUGUGCUGCACGUCCACUCUGCUGUUGAGGAAGUUACUUUCGCUCAGCUGCUUCACAAGCUUGAGCCUGGUACCGGCCGUAAGAGCAAGCGUCCCCCGGCGUUUGUCAACAGGGGCCAGACCAUCAUUGCCCGUCUUGAGGUCACUGGCACCGCUGGCGCUGUCUGCGUUGAGAGGUUCGAAGACUACCAGCAAUUGGGUCGUUUCACUCUGCGUGACCAGGGACAAACCAUUGCUAUUGGUAUGAUCACCAAGCUCAUCCUCCCCGAGAACGAGGUGUAAAUGAUGCCCAUAAACGUAUAACGGAAUGCAUGAUGCAAAAAAGAGAGCCCAAAAAGAUAUCCAAUAUCGCUGAAGGUCAUUUCUCAACCCUUCGCUACAAAAGUUGGCUGGGAUUGAUGAGAACCUCUGGACAGGGAGGUAUAUGGGUGGGCAGAGGUCAAGCGAUGAUACACCACAGUCCACCUCAACUGAUGAUGAUGAUUUUUUUUUACGCCUUUCUGCAUAGAACAUAGCUCCGCCUUCAAUCUAUGAAAGUAUUUGAG